AUGAUGACAAGUGUCAAGAGGAAAGUAGACGAUGAACUGUCGUCCCCUUGGUUCUACACCGUUUGUACCAUGAGAGGAAUGCUCAGUGCCGGAACAACACACCUUGCUAUAACCCCUCUUGAUGUCCUCAAAGUCAACAUGCAGGUGAAUCCUGUGAAGUACAAUAGCAUUCCCUCAGGUUUCUCCACUCUCUUAAGAGAGCAUGGGAAGCUCUUAGGCUAUGGUGUUCAAGGCGGAUGCAGAUUCAGACUCUAUGAGUACUUCAAGACACUCUACAGCAAUGUCUUGCCUAACAAUAACAGAACUUCCAUAUAUUUUCUCAGUAGUGCUUCUGCUCAGAUAUUCGCAGAUAUGGCCUUAUGCCCCUUUGAAGCCAUAAAAGUUAGAGUACAGACGCAGCCAAUGUUUUCAAAAGGGUUGCUUGAUGGGUUUCCAAGAAAAAGGAAGCAAGAUUGCUCUAAAGCUCAGCUCGGUGUCACAUGUCUAGCUGGUUACACUGCUGAAGCCGUAGGUACAAUCAUCUCUAACCCUGCAGAUGUGGUUGUUUCGUCUCUUUACAACAGCAAAGCCAAGAAUGUGUUGCAGUCCUACAAGUGGAAGAGUUGA